CAGAGCGUUAAUCUUCCUCGGCUGACGGUUUUGCCGGCUCGGCGAGCAAAGGAAUCUUUACGACGAUCGAAGGUUCUGCAGUCAGAGCACGCUGGAAAUCGUAGCUGUAAAUGACGGAGCGUUAUGAAUCGCCUGAAGUGACCAUUGCACUGACCAAAGAGGAGAUUCACAAUAGAUACCAAGACACAGCCCUGGUUAUACAUAAAGACCAACAAGAUAAAAAAGAAGUCGUUAGUUAUUUAACAUUUGGAUCCAGCCGUAGAACCAUGGAAUACAGUAGCUACGGGAACCAACCUGUUAUCGUGAGAAGACCGGUCGGAUCUCUAUCGGUUCAAAGUACCAGGGACUUCUCUUCGCAAAUGUUGAGGAUAUAUCGAAAGCCUCGGGACAGUUGUGUAAUUAAUUAAUAUUUCACCUCAAAUGCUGUACGCUGUUGUUAAUUAAACGUUCGUAUCAUUUACAGGU